GUCUACUUCUCUGUUCUCAGCGUCCUCGCAACAGUGCAAAUUCUGGUGUAGCAGUGCCCUGUCCAGUGCCCGAUUUCACCCCAUAUGUGGAAGAGUCAGCUCAGCAGCAAGUCAUGACUCCCUGCAAGAUUGAACCCAGCAUAAACCAUGUUUUAAGUGCUCGCAAGCCUGAGAAGGAAGAGGAUCCUCUACGACGGGUGCAGAAUCACCAUCAGGAUACCCAGGAGAAGAAAGAGGUAGUGAUGUAUUGUAAAGACAAAGUUUAUGCUGGAGUGGAAGAAUUCUCUUUUGAAGAGAUUCGAGCUGAAGCCUACAGAAAAAAAGCAAAACAGAAAGCUGAAGAGGAGAUACAGACCAUAGCACAGAAAAAGGAAGAAAUACGAAAGAAAAUUGAGGAACUGGAGAGGAAAUUAAAGGAGAAAGAAAACCACAAACAGCAACAAUUACAUGAGCAGGUAUUGUCCUCCUCAUUUAGCUGCAUUUCUACAAAUACUGUUUCAAAAUACCAGAGGAGCAGUAUAUUUUUUUUUCUUGGUUAAUAUGUUUUCCUGUUU